CGCACUUAUCAAACUCCACUAUCAGCGGGUAUCAUUAUUCGCCAGACAGCCGCAGCAGCUUGUAAUUAAAUCCGUCGUUAGCAACCGCCGCCAGUCUCCCACAAUGCUACACAUUAAAUGUAAAAACACUGAUCUAGAGCCUAUUCCAGUCAAGAUCGGCAUUAUUGGCGGUUCCGGUUUGGAUGAUCCCGACAUUUUGGAGAACCGCCAGGAAAAAGUUAUUCAAACGCCAUACGGGGAGCCGUCCGAUGCCCUGAUUCAAGGCGAAAUCGGUGGGGUGCAGUGUGUGCUGCUCGCACGCCAUGGAAGGAAACAUGAUAUUAUGCCCUCCAAUGUGAAUUACCGUGCCAAUAUUUGGGCCUUGCGCCAGGUGGGCUGCACCCACCUGAUUGUGUCCACGGCAUGUGGUUCACUGCGUGAGCAAAUCAAGCCGGGCAACCUGGUGAUGCCGCACGAUUUCAUAGAUCGCACCACAAAACGCUCACAAACGUUCUACGAUGGCUCAGCCACCAGUCCACGUGGUGUUUGCCACCUGCCCAUGUAUCCGGCUUUCAGUGAGCGCACUCGCAACAUACUAAUCGAGGCGGCCAAGGAACUGGAGAUUCCUGCCCACGAGAAGGCGACAAUUGUGACGAUCGAGGGACCUCGCUUCUCCUCGCGCUCUGAGAGUCUCAUGUUCAGGGAAUGGGGUGGCGACCUUAUCAAUAUGACCACGUGCCCAGAGGUUGUGCUGGCCAAAGAGGCCGGCCUACUGUACGGCUCUGUGGCGAUUGCCACCGACUACGACUGCUGGCGCAUGGGAUGCGAGGGAGUGAACGUACAGGAUGUCCUCAAGACCUUUGCCGAGAAUGUCAUCAAGGUGAAGAAGAUUCUGGUGAAUGCUGUAGGACGUAUUGCCAAGGAGGAUUGGUCGGAGGACAUUCUAAAUGCCAAGCAAUGUGUGUGCAACAAUACAAUGUCUGGAGCCAUGUGACGUUUUCUAAAACUAUGCACCGAAAUCACACAAGACACCAUAAGGCGGCGACGGCCAAUGAUACCACCGAUAUAUCCCAAAAACUACAGGAAACGUGUGCCAAAACUUACCUCCAUCUCCAUUCAGUACGAACUGGAGCCGGAGACCAAUCUGACCGGGGAAGCGACAAUCAAACCGGAACGUAAAACACCAGCGACCGAUAAACAGUGAGAAAAGCAAAUGAAAUCCCCUUACAUAUCGAACUGUUUGCCUUUGUGAUGUCGUUUGGUGGGUUUAUCUGUAUCUGUAUCCGACGAACGCAUUUAAAAGUUCACAUUUAUAUAAUUACAUAGAUUUUCGUCUUUAAAAUUAAAA